CGGGGGGGGGCGGGGGCCGCCUUCCCCUGCAAAACAAAAGGGAGCGGAGCGGCGGCGGCCCGGAGGGACGGUGCGGGGCUCCUGUGCGUCCUGCGCGACUCGCCGGGUGAGCCGUGGCCCACCCGUGUGGCGCUGCUGCCAUGUCCCGCCGCAGCCAGCGCCUCGUCACCACGCGCUAUUACCCCGGGGACGACGAUGCCACAACCAGCAGCAGCAGCUCCCUGCUGGGGGGCCAGCAGCUCCCCUUCAAAGAGACCACCAGCAGGACGAUCAGAAGGAAAUCGAGCAGCACAAAGCGCCUCUCUCCUGCUCCCAGCACCCAAACCUCCUACUACAGCGAGUCCAUGAUGAGCGAGUCCUACCUGGGGGGCAGCCGGGGCCUCGCUGCCCUGGGCAGCUCCGUGCUAGAUGAUGCCCUGGACAGCACCAUGUACUGGGGUGGGGAGCUCUCUGCCAGGAGGAGAAGAGGUACAGGGGACACUGAGUCCAGUAAGAUCAACGGGUUGCUGGAGAGCAAGACAUAUGACACCUACGCCUCUUCGUCUGGAUAUUCCUCGGAAGAUGACUACGCUGGUCACUUAUAUUCAGGCCAGAGUAGCUCUGAAUCAGGGCUGAGGACUGCAGCCUCCCGGGUGGGCUCCUUCCUCUGGCAGGUGCUCACCUCCCCAGUUCGGUUCGUGGGGUGGCUGUUCUCGGGGCUGGCAGCUGCCUGGCACCACCUCACCGGUGCGGCUCCCCGCCUGGGUGGCAUCCCCUUCUCCAGGCGCUACCCGUGGCUGAAGAGGUCCCUGCUUCUGCUGCUAUUCCUCCUGCUCCUCGCUGCUGCCGCCUAUGGAGCUUGGUACUUUUACCCAUAUGGGCUGUCGACGCUCAGCCUCCCUGCCUUCCCGUGGUGGGGAGUUGGAAAGUCAUCUUCCUCCCACGUGCCUGGGGCAGGGGACCUGACCACGCUGGACCAGGGGCAGCAGGGGGAGCACCGGCUCCUGGCUCGCUUUCAGGCCCUGGAGAAGCGCUUUGAGGCGCUGGAAGCUGAGAUGUCUCGGUGGGAGCUGCGGCAGGGAGCGGCAGUGGUGGCGGCGGGGGGAGAGCUGCCCCCAGGGGACAUCCUGGCACUGCUGGAGGGGCUGGUGAACCGCCGGGAUGCGGGGCUGAAGGAGCAUCUCCGCACUGACAUGACCAGCCAUCUCCAGGGCGAGCUGGAUGCCCUCCGAGCCCAGGUGCAGAGGGAUUUAGAUGGGCGCCUGGGGAAGAUGGCGCAAACCUCUCAGGAGACGGAGGCACGCUUGCAGAGGCUGAAGUUGGAGUGGCAGAGCUCAGUGCAGGAGGGCCUGCGAGGGAGCUUCCAGCAGGAGGUGGGCAAGUUGGAGCAGGAGGUGGCAGCGCUGAAGAGGGAGCUGGCAGGCCUCAAAUCGGACCAGGAGGUGAUGGGGAAGCACAUGGAGGGAAUGCUGGAGCAGCUGAAGGCGAUGCGGGCUGAUGUGGAAGCACAGUUCCCAGCGUGGAUCAGUCGGUUCCUGUCACAGUCCCGGCGGGAUGGUGCCGCUGGCCUCAUCCUCCAGCAGGAAGACUUGCAAGCGGAGCUCCAGGCCCUGGAGCGCAAGAUUCUGGCCAAAGUUUUGGAGGACCGGAGGUUGUCGGCACGGGAUGCUCAGGCCGGUAUUGGAGUGGCCCUGCGGCAAGGGGGGACCACAGGGGUAACGGAGGAGCAAGUGCAUCUCAUUGUGGGUCAAGCUCUGAAGCGCUACAGUGAGGACCGCGUGGGGAUGGUCGACUAUGCUCUGGAGUCAGCAGGGGCCAGCGUCAUCAACACCCGCUGCUCGGAGACCUACGAGACACGGACGGCACUGCUGAGCUUGUUCGGCAUCCCCCUGUGGUACCAGUCGCAGUCCCCCCGUGUCAUCCUGCAGCCAGAUGUCAACCCUGGGAACUGCUGGGCAUUUCGUGGGUCCCAGGGCUUUGCUGUCAUCCGCCUCUCUGGCAUCAUCCGUCCCACGGCCGUAACGCUGGAGCACAUCCCAAAAGCCCUGUCACCUCAGGGGACCAUCCCCAGUGCCCCCAAGGACUUUGCUGUCUAUGGCUUGAAGGAGGAGAGAGAGGAGGAGGGCCUUCUCCUUGGGCAGUUCACCUACAACCAUGACGGUGACCCCAUCCAAACAUUUUACUUGGAGGGUGACGCUGUGGGCACGUACCAGCUGGUGGAGCUCCGGGUGCUGAGCAAUUGGGGACACCCCGAAUACACCUGCAUCUACCGCUUCCGUGUGCAUGGGGAGCCGGCGCACUGAGCCCCAGCUCCUGCACGGGAUGAGGAUGCUGCCGGGCUGACAGCAGGAGAGGAUUUGUCUGGUUCACUGCUUCGCACGUAGAAAUCCUGGGAUGCGCCAGCAGCCACCCUGGGAAGCUGCUCCCCUCUGGGGAGGAGAAGAGCUGGUGUUUAAGGGGUGAGGCUUUCACUCUUCCAAGGACUGGGGUGGUGAGGCAAGAGCAUCCCAUGUCCGUCCUAGCGCAGCCUGGCUUGUUUUCAGUGAGUGUUGGACAUUUUAACUUUUUAAGCUAAUUUUUAAUCGGGUCUGCGCAGCCCCUCGUCCCCAUUGCCCUGCACCUCUUUGAUGGCACGCCUAGCAUUGCCAGGGCUUGGGAAGGGGGUAUGUAAUUUUGCAAUGUGCUUCACGCGGGCUUGGGCGCGAUAACAGCGUACGGGACCGUGGUGACCGGCUCGGUGCCGCCAGAGUAGGUGGGAGCCACUGGUUGUGGCCACUGAGACUCUCCCCUUCAUGUGGGGGUCAUUUCUCCUGCCUUGGCCUUGGUUUAGGUAAAGAUCUCCAGACCUCCACUGCUGGGCUGGCAAAGGGGAAAUGAGACAGUAUUAAUGAAGUAUUAACAUAAAACUAAUGGUUUGGGGCAGCAGGAGGGGAGAAAUUUGGCACGUGUUGGUGGCAGAGCCUGCCCCGGUGCUGCUGUCUGUCUGCUUGAGCCCUCCUGCCGCUGGUGGCUGUGUUGGGUCUUGGCGAUGCCGUUGGCCGCCCCUGGCUGGCUCGCUCCCCCAUGUUAAGCUUGAUGCUAUUGAAAACUCCUGUUGCCUGCUUCCCCUUUUGGUUUGUUCUGUGGGGUUUUUGUUUUGUUUUGUUUUUUUUAAGGGGGAUGGGGAAGGGGGUUAUUUUCCAGUUGGGGUGUUGGGGGACUUUUUUUUGUAGUAACAAAGGAAGAAAUACUUUUUCCAUGCAAUUUCUACUUAACCGGAGAAUGUUAUGCCGGGCCGCUCAAGCGAGUGGCUUAGACACAGAGAGGGCUAGAGCUUCGUUUAGUUGGAGAAUAGCGUGUGCAGUAGGAUAAGCUAGAGUAAGAUGAACAGAGCUGUUUAAAAUAAGGGUUGUUGGUAGCUGGACCUGGGAGACAAGGUCCUCUGUGGACUGCUGCUUGGUGGGGUGGCCAGAGGCACUCCUGCCCUCCUUGCUCGAGAGAUGUCCUCCAAGACUGCAACAUGUGGCUGCAGCCUCUUGCCCGCAACUGCAUCUGUAUAUGGGUGACUGGAGCGAGUGGGUGAUGCUGCCCCAGUGCUCUGCACGACUCUUUGUGCCUCAGCUGUCUUCUGCGUGGGAGAUGGGGCAAUCCCCAGGGCUUGCAGGUGCCAGCGUGCUUCUGCGCCUUGGGGAGCAAUAGGUCCUCCCCCUGCUUGUGGUGCUCAGGGCUGCUUCUGUCACUUCGUGGUCCCCGAUGGCAGAUGGCUGGUGCAGGCUGACCUCCUUUCUGUUGGAAGGGCUCCCUUUCCCUCCUGCCUUGUCCUCACUGGCAUUGCUUGGUUCCCUGAGCCCUGGCUGCAGAGGACCGUGGCAGAGCAGGAUGGGGAGUUCUGCCAGCAGCGGGCAUGUAGAUCCUGCCUGUACCUAUGGUGUGAUGGGAACUGUCGCAGGGGACCGCAGGAAGGAUGCACAGGGACCUUCCCCAGGCUGACAAGCGCUGGGGCCAUCUGGCCACUCCACCUCCUGGCUGCCUGCAUCAUGCUUAGUUUGGCUUAUGUUCUUGGGUGGCGUUUACAGCCUCCACAUUUGUCUUAUGUUUCAUUGAAAGAAAAUCUAAAGGGCUCAUGUUUAGUGUUUCAGCCCUAUAUGAUGUUGGUAUCAUCCCUCCCCCAACACCAUGAGCACUAGGGGAACACCAUGAAUUGAUUCACAUUCUGGUCUUCUCGGCUUGAAGCGCUGUAGGGCAAGAGGCAUAGAGGGGGGGGAAAGGGCUGAAGAAGCAUCUCCCUUCAGCAUGCCCUGUUGUGUGUCAGGCAGAAGCACUAAGCCCUGGUCCCCUUGUUCCAGCUCGAGGGGAUAAGGAUGAUGGUAUCACAUCCCUUCUGGAGGAGUCUCCAUGCUCCAAGCAAGGGAAGGGAGCCUGAAAGGCACAGCUCCAUCUAACAGGUUAAAAUUAUGCCAUGGAGCCCCCUGCAGAGCUGGGAGGCCUUGUUGCUGGGCCUGCAGCCAGAUCCAGUGACGAUAAAUUCUCUCCUAUAUUGCGCAUAGUCUUAAUUCUUGGCAUCCACAGCCAAAGUUAUUUUAAACUUGUCUACAGCUGCCUGCUUGCCUUGGAGUCAUGUCUGUGAGUGCCCUGUGCACAUGGGGUUGUGCUUUUAUGAAUGCCUAGCCCUGUCCUGGGCUUGGCAGAGCAGUUCCUGUAUUUAACUGAAUGAUAAAGAGAAAGCAGAGAUGAAGCUCACCCCCUUCCUCAGGCAUUCUCUGGCUGCUGGAGCAAAUGCCAUAACCAUGAGGCUGGAAAGCCCCUUUUCUUAUGUCCCUUCUGGCUCCCUGGUCUCUGGAUUGGGCUGUCAGUGUCUUUGCCCAAGAAAAAAUGAUUUCACAGUAAAUCAGGCAUGCUGGUGAGAGGUGGGAAAGGGGGACCUCUUUCCCUGAGAAUGGAGUUGGAGUGGGGUCUCUGCUCCUCCCAUGGGACUGUUAACCGGUGGCUGUGGGGCAGGGAGAAUUUGGCUUUAACAGGACAAGCUUGCCCUGUCCUUUGGAGACGAAAGUCUCUGCUCGCCUGAGGUAAAACCCGACAGAGACACCAGUGAGCGGUCACCCUGGGGGUUUAUGCCCUUCUCUAGGGAUAGUGCUGGUUUUGGAGGCCUCACCGUGCUGACUGUGUGAGAAGCCCCAGGAAGGCAUGCUGAGGCUACAUCUGGUUUUUCAGCCCCCAAAUUCUGCAUCGGUGCUGAGCUGCAGCCCAAGAACCUGUACCAGUGCAUGGUCAGCUGCCUCUCACCAGCAGCAGCUUGUAGGAUUUCUGCAACUGUCCUGAGCUGCAAAGAUAAAAAGGGCACAUAAAACUCCUGCUUGAGCGUGUCCAUCUCUGCCUGGGGGUAUUUCAUCUUAGUGCUGAUGCAGAAGACGAGCCUGGUGAGGCAGGAGAAAUGUGAAACAGCUGUCAGAGCAGAUUUCCCUUACUUACUCCAUUUCCCUCCUCUAUGCUCCCUCCUUCUUUAUUUGCCCUACAUGUGUUACAAAUUAGUCCUGCAGAAACAGAUGGUUACAGGCAGGAGAUGAGGUUGUACUUGAUGCUGUAGCCUGUUGCAAAUGCUGCACUGUUUUGUUCGUUUUAUUUUUUUCAUCAACAGGUUGUAAUUUAUGCCUAUGCAAGAAAAAAAAAAUACCAAGACAAAUAAAUUAUAUCAAAACUGC